UCUGCGGAGCUCGGAAACUGCACCAACUUAAGCACGUUAAAGCUCAACAACAACCAACUCGGAGGGAGGAUUCCGAGUGCAUUAGGUAAGCUAAAGAAGUUAGAAAGUCUGGAGCUUUUCGAAAACCGGUUUUCGGGACAAAUACCAACAGAAAUAACCGAGCUCAAGAAUCUCAAGAUCGUUACGCUCUUCAACAACAGCUUUUAUGGAGUGAUACCACCUGGUUUAGGUAUGAACAGCAAGCUAGAGAUUAUAGAUGUCAUUGGUAACAAUCUUACAGGAGAGAUACCACACAACCUCUGUCAUGGAAAGAUGUUGACAGUGUUUAACUUAAAAUCUAGUCGGCUUCACGGUAAAAUACCACCAUUUGUUAGUCAGUGCAAGACACUAAGCAGAUUCAUCCUCAGAGAAAACAACCUCUCAGGUCUUCUUCCUGACUUUUCUCAGAAUCACGAUCUUACGUUUCUCGAUCUCAAUAGCAACUGCUUUCAAGGACCAGUCCCCCGUAGCCUCGGAAGCUGUAGGAAGCUCACGACCAUCAAUCUGUAUCGAAACAAGCUCACGGGGAAUAUUCCUACGGACCUUGUGAUGCUACGUAACCUUAGUCACUUGAAUCUUGGGUUUAACUUAUUAGACGGCUCGGUUCCUUCAAAGUUUAGUAACUGGAAAGAGUUGACCACCCUUAGUGUUAGUGAAAAGAAAACAACCAUCUAUAUCAUAACGUUGUAGACCAAAAAUCCGAGCUUUUCACAUGCGUUUUCAGUAAUAAUUUAAUUAUCCAGUGACAUUAUAUUAAAUUAUUAAUAAUAACA